AUGCUCCUACCGAACGAUCAUCUGUCCAAGAACAAUCAGUGGUGUCUAUUUACUUUUCUUCUUCUGUUAACUUAUGUAACUCGAAUCGUAGUUAAAUCCACUUCCACGGACGUAAUUAAAUUUAGCCAAAGGAAACCACAUGCAUGCCAUAUCCAGCCAAUCACAGCCACUGCCACUCAGGCACCUCCUGCUGUUUCAAGGACCAGUACCGGAGGGAAGACCAAGGUUGGAAUCAAUGAGAUCCAGCCACAAUUCCACAGGGUGAUUUUGGAGCUGACUAUAUUCAGAGAUCUAGCCACAAGAAGUGCUAAUAAGGUGGUGAUCUCAGCUCCAUCAGCUGAUACGCACAUGUUUGUUGUAGGGGUAAAUGAGACCACAUACAAAUCAAACAUGGAUAUUGUAUCCAAUGCCAACUGUACUACUAACUGCUUAGCCCCUUUAGCCAAGGUGGUUCAUGAGGAGUUUGGUAUCAUUGAAGGUUUGAUGACAACUGUACAUGCAACCACAGGCUGUGGGAAAGGUGUUGUCAGAGCUAAAUGGAAAGCUUACUGGAAUUGCUUUUAG